CUAGUUCAAGACUCCCCGGCAAGUCUUCCUCACAAACUCACACAGAGAAUAAGUAAAGAGAAUGGGUGUUCUCGACCAUUUCUCAGACUUAUGCAAUGUUACAAGCACAAGGAAGAGCAAACGCAAACCGAUGCAGACGGUUGAUGUCAAGGUGAAAAUGGAUUGUGAUGGCUGUGAACGGAGAGUGAGAAAUUCCGUUUCCUCCAUGAGAGGUGUAAAAUCAGUGGAAGUAAUUCGCAAACAAAGCAAGGUUAGUGUUACUGGUUAUGUAGAGCCGAACAAGGUGUUAAAAAGAAUACGAAGCACCGGAAAGAGAGCAGAGAUUUGGCCGUAUAUUCCCUACAAUCUGGUGACAUAUCCUUACGUUGCUCAAGCCUAUGAUAAGAAAGCACCAUCUGGAUACGUCAAGAACGUUGUUCAAGCACUUCCCAGUCCGAAUGCUCCUAUGGUUAAAUAUACAACUAUUUUUAGUGAUGAUAAUCCUAAUGCAUGUUCAAUUAUGUAACUAAUAACUUUAUAGUUACACUGCAUGUUAAUGUAAGAGUAAAUUUGAGAGUAAUUAUUAUCAAACUUACAAUGAAUGACAAAAAAUUGACCAAGUUUUAAAAUUUCUAAAAUAAUUGGUCUAGAUUUGUCUUCACCUUUUAGUAACGUGACUUCCGUUAAGUCCUGUUAAAAUUUACGAUUACUUAUAUAAUUGUGAAAUAAAUUUCAGGAUCGUGUUCAAACUUUA